CACAGCCUCAAGCACACCUCCAUCUAGGCGGGGCAGCCGUCGGCGUCCGACCGGUGCGCCCCGGGGUCGUCCGCCGCGCUCUCGCCUGCUUGCUGCUCGGGGCGGGUUGACUCGUGCUGCUUCCAGAUCCGUUUCUCGGUCAGCCUCUACCAGAGGUGGAGGCUCAGGCGGUCUUCGUAGCAUCGAUGAUGAUGACGAGGAGAGUGGGGCUGGCAUGGGCGAUGUCGAAGGGGAAGAAAGCAGUAUUGCUAGCAGCAGCGGAUCACGCUCUCGGGGCGCUGCUUCGCGAGUUAGUACAGGCUCUGGCGGGGGAGGCAUAGUUAGUGAGACAUUUGAUGUAGGUGGUGCUUCAUCGCCCUCCAAGUAUCGACCAGGAGGACUACGUUGGUGUCAAGAAAACCUUAUAAAUACCAUUAUGGAAGCAAAGAGCGGCUUAGGCCAUGUUAUGGCCACUGCCUUCUAUAGACUUCCUUCAAAAAAGUAA